UAGCCGAAGCCGCCGCCUUCUCCAUGGCGAGCGUGGCGGCGGAGCCCCCCGCCAGGUUUGUGCGGCGCGGUCCGGCUUGGAGGAGGAGGAGACGGACGAAGACGGUCAGGGCCGAAGGUGCCCGGGCCCGUUUUUACUCCCGUCUCGCUGCGCCCUAGAAGCGCAACGGCAGUAGCGCCAUGGCCGAGAUGGAGCGUCCGGAGGAGGCGGCCCGGCUCUGGCGAGACGCCGCCCUGCGCGCCAGGAAGCUGCAGAGCAACCUCCAGCAAUUGGAGCUAGAGCUGGGCUCCCGGGGAGAGAGCGGCCCGGAGGCACCGCCGAAGCUGAAAUCCUCGCAGCAGCAGCAGCAGCAGCAACAACAACAACCGCCGCCGCCGACCUCGCCGCUGGAGGCAUUGAACCUGAGCGGGCGCGGCCUGGAUGAGUUGCCGGAGGGCUUGUGCGCUGCCGUGGGUAGCAGCCUGAGCGUCCUCUCGUUGCGGAGGAACCGACUAGCUCAUCUGCCCUCGGCCGCCGCCCUUCGGCACCUGGGCCGUUUGGCCGAACUCGACCUCAGCCACAACCGCUUGCGCUGCCUGCGCGACGACGGGCAGGCGCUGGCGCUCCUGCGCGGGCUCCGUAAGCUCAAUCUCAGCCACAACCAGUUGGGAGGCGAAGGGACGCUGCCCAGCGGGUUGGGCGAACUGCGACAGCUGGAGGAGCUGGAUCUGAGUUUCAACCGCCUUAGCCACCUGCCUGCUGAGGCCCUGGCCCAUCUGCGUCAGCUCCGCACCCUGGACGUGGACCACAAUCAGCUUUCUGCCUUCCCUCAACCGCUGCUGGAGCUGGAUGCCCUGGAAGAGCUGGAUUGCUCUGGCAACCGACUCUUGCAGUCUCUUCCGGAGGGCAUCACAUGUCUUCGGCACCUGAAAAUCCUGUGGCUCAGUGGCACUGGCUUGGAGGCCUUGCCCGAGGGCUUGUGCCAGCUGGGUACCCUCGAGAGCCUCAUGCUGGAUGGGAACCGCCUGAGUGUCCUGCCUGCUGGUUUUGGCAGCCUGCAGCGUCUCAAAAUGCUGAACCUCUCAUCCAACUUGCUGUCUGAUUUCCCAGCAGCUGUGCUGGCCCUUCCUGGCUUGGAGGAGCUCUACCUCAGUCGCAAUCAGCUUACCCUGUUGCCCGCUGGACUUUGCCAGCUUUGCCAACUCCGCACGCUUUGGCUGGACAACAAUCGCAUCCGCUACCUGCCUGAUUCCAUAGUCAAGCUUCAUCAGCUGGAGGAACUGGUACUUCAGGGAAAUCAGAUCGCCAUCCUUCCAGAGGGGUUUGGCCAACUCAGUCGUGUGAGUCUCUGGAAAAUCAAAGACAACCCCUUGAUCCAACCCCCCUAUGAGGUCUGUAUGAAAGGCAUCCCUUACAUAGCUGCCUACCAGAAGGAACUGGCUCAUUCUCAGCCUGCCCUUAAGCCCCGCCUCAAACUAGUCCUCAUGGGCCUGAAAAAUGCAGGCAAAACUCUGCUUAGAAAGUGCCUCAUGGAGGAAGAGGAAGAGGAGCAGGUAGAGUCAUCUUUUGGUUCAGUUAACAAAAAUUUUGAAAGAACCCAAAGCAGGGGGUGCUUCAUACAACCCCUGAGAGACCUGCCCCAACCUCUUUCUCCAAAAGCACAGCCAAACCAUUUUCCCAUUGUGGAACAGCCCGAGGCUUCCCCUUUGUCUGUCUCACCUCUGAAAUGUUCCUGUUUAGGGUAUAACUCCACUGAGAAGAGGGAUGUGUUCAGUCAGCCCCCCAAAGUUAUUGGUCAGACCCAGGCAGGAGGCUCUGCUGCUCAGCAGCAGGAUGAUAUCCCAUUGUCCCCAUCAAUUAAAAUACAUAGAGAAACCUGCUUGGGGAAUUAUCCCCUGAGGCCUCCAGGCUCACAUGUAACAGGGUUGCCAGGCAGCAGCAAAGGUAUUGAAGUGGCAGACUGGACAGCAGAUGUGGAGAGAAGUCUAACCUUCAUUGUAUAUGAGCUAGCAGGAGACCCAAGUUACGAUGUGAUCCAGCCGUUCUUCCUCUCUCCUGGAGCCCUGUAUGUGUUGGUAGUAAAUCUGAGCACUUACAUGCCACAGGGUUUUUAUCCUUCUGUGGGACACUUUCUUCACUGGCUGGGGGCAAAGGUGCCUCAUGCCGUGGUAUGUAUGGUGGGAACACAUGCAGACCUGUGUCCUGAACGGGAGGUGGAGGAGAAAUGUUUAGACAUCCACCGCCAGAUUGCCUGGCAGGAGAAAUGUGACUAUGAAGGCCUCCAGAUUUUGGCCCGGCAGGUGGAUGAAGCUCUGGGGCAGGAUUUUGAUUUGCGCUGCUCUAGCCCCCAUGUUGCUUUCUAUGGGGUAUCAGACAAGAAUCUACGGCGCAAGAAAGCUCAGUUCCAAUAUCUGCUCAACCACCGUCCACAAAUCCUCUCCCCAGUUUUACCUAUAAGCUGCUGGGAUUGUGUUCAGGUCCGCCGAUUGCGAGAGAAGCUGCUUUCAGUGGCAGAGCAUAGAGACAUCUUUCCAAAUUUGCACCGGGUUCUCCCAAGAUCCUGGCAGAUGCUGGAGGAGCUGCACUUCCAACCCCAAGCUCAACAGCUGUGGCUAAGCUGGUGGGACUCUGCUCGACUUGGCCUGCAGGCAGGGCUGACUGAGGAUCGUCUCCAAAGUGCACUUUCCUACUUGCAUGAGAGUGGCAAACUGCUGUAUUUUGAGGAGCACCAGACCCUACGAGAAUAUGUUUUCCACAAUCUGCCCAGGCUCAUUGACAUUCUCAAUGUCUUCUGCCAGCAUGAUGCCUCAGUAUUGCUCCAGAAACUGCUCAGCAGCACCCAUAUGGAUGAGAUGAAGGCCACACAGCUCCACCACUAUGUGGAAGGAUUUCUGCUUCAUGGCCUUCUCCCUGCCCAUGUUAUUCAUCUGCUUCUCAAGCCCCACAUCCAAAGCAGAGAGGACUUGCAGCUUCUGCUGGAAUUGUUAGAAAAAAUGGGACUCUGUUACGGGGUUAACAAGCCCAAAUCAAAACCCUUGAAUGGAGCUACAGCGUGGUACAAGUUCCCCUGCUAUGUGAAGAACGAGAUGCCUCAUGCAGAGGCAUGGAUCAAUGGUACUACCCUGGGUGGGCAGUCUUUUGGGGCAGAACAGCUGCAGAUUGAGUACAACUUUCCCUUUAUUUUUCCCCCUGGAUUGUUUGCUCGCUACAGUGUGCAGAUUAACAGCCAUGUGGUUCAGCGGUCAGAUGGAAAGUAUCAGAUCUAUGCGUACAGAGGGAAAGUGCCGGUAGUUAUAAGUUACAGGCCUGCCAAAGGCACCCAACAACCAGAUACAUUGUCUAUUGCUAGCCAUGCAUCUCUACCAAAUAUAUGGACAGCUUGGCAAGCCAUAACCCCAUUGGUGGAAGAACUAAAUGUACUGCUUCAAGAAUGGCCAGGCUUAUACUAUAGUGUGCAUGUCCUCUGUUCCAAGUGCCUUAAAAGAGGGUCACCCCACCCACAUACCUUUCCAGGAGAAUUGCUAAGUCAGCCCAGGCCAGAGGGAGUAACUGAGAUCAUCUGUCCGAAGAAUGGUAACGAGCGAGUGAAUGUGGCUUUGGUUUAUCCCCCUACUCCAACAGUGAUCAGCCCUUGUUCCAAGUGACUGCUGGAAGUCGCCUGCCUUGGCCCCUAUUAUAAGGACACAUCAAAUGCCCCUUAAACCCUUGCUAAGCAUUUUCGGAGAAGUACCACCCAGAGAUGGAUCUAAUUAUUUAUGGGGCCUGAAUAUCACAUCUUGGGAAAUAAAGAUUAAUGAGAGCAGGUGUGCUGAAGGCUGUGCAUUGGGGUGGACACAAAUCUGCAAUCUACAUGAAUUGAUCCUUUUCACCGAUUGGGGUUGGACUGAUAUGUUCAGAAGAAACAGAAAGCAUCAUCAUCCUGAUCUACUGUUGAAUCUGAUUACCCUGCAGUAUGAAGGCUCUCACAAGAACCAAGACCAUUGUUCGCUGAGAACACUAUUGACCUGUGUUUUGCACUUGUUUGGACUCACGAAUGUAAGCUUUUUCUCAAUGUAUGUACCAUUAGAUGUACCUGAAGAAAUAUCUAAUGAAAAGGAAUUGUUGUUAACUUUGGUGGUUUCUGUGCAGGUAGGUGUUGAAUUUAUCACUGGUAGCUUCAGUUGGCCUCUCCAGCAGGCAAGAAGUCUAGCAUCUAUUCACUUCUUCCAUAUCUUUAGAAGCCAAGACAGACUGUCAGAAUGGUGCUUGGGCAGUUCUAUUAUGUCUGUGGGAUAUCUUUUUAGUUCUCCUGUGUGUUUCACCCCAAUCAUGCCGUCUAUUAAAUCAUAGCACUAGCUGUUGCUUGUGCACAAGGAUAGCAGUACAGCAAGAGAUAUAGGGAAAUUAAAUAUGUACACAUGUACACCUGUUCCUCAGUUAUUGUCUGAGGUAUCACAGAGAUAAUCUUGGGCAGAAUUAUAUAAAUUUAAUGGAGCCGAAUUUAUUAAAUACCAACAAUCUUCCUUUUCACCCACAAAUACAGUCAUCAUGAUGACAUAAAUGGUCUCAAUGAUCCUUAUAUAAAUUCAAUACAUCAUGGAAUUUUCACUGAAAAAAACACGUCUUGGAUAAAUUGUUAUCAGGGAGCUCAAGUCAGAUUUUGGAGUUCCCUCAGCCUUAGUUAAGCACUACUAGCUACGUUCCUUUGAAUUCCUGAACCAAAAAGCUAGGUUUAUUUUCAUAUAACUACAGCCAAAUAACCUAAUGUAGCCAUGCAAAUAAAUUUGCAAAAGGUAAACAUCUGCAAAAUUGUUCCUGUUGCUUUCACAGAAACAGCCUAAAAAGGAAGAACUGGGAAAAGAGAGAAUGCACUCUUUUUUUUCUUUUCAGUUUAUAAAAACAUCUCACUAUUUUGCCAUAAACAGGCUUGCUCCCUACAUAGAUAGUUUAGCAGAAUGGAGACAUUUGAAGCUUGAAUAUGCAAGGUAGCUACUUGUGAAGGCAAAACUCAUAUGUAACUUCAUGUAUAGUCCUCCAAACCUCUUCUUACUUGCCAUGUACUUUUAAGGUAUGGUAACUUAGAAAUGAAAAGUAGGUGAACUCCUUCCAUGUCACUGAUUUUCAACUGAACUUUCCCCUGUUGUCAACCAGUGAAAAAUUCUACUGUACAGUCAUGGGUCUUCCUGUUCUGCUGGGUAGAAAUUAGUACUUUGAAACAAAAGAUUUGCCUGAUGGCACAAUAUUUUCUUCAUCUUUCUUAACUUUGUUCUGAAGAAUAUUAGCAUGCCACAAGAUACUAUUAUUUAUUCAGAUAUCUUUAAUUUGUACGUCUACUCUUCCCAGAUUUAUUACUUCUUGUCUUCAUUUCAGUCUCUUUCUGCUAGUGUUGCAAUUCCUUUUGGAUUGGUUGGAAGUUAAUUUGAAAUCUGAUUCUACCUAUGUGGGAUGGCAGCAAAGGCAGAGUAAAGUCUAGUAUGCCAGAAUUAUAACAUUGCAGAAUCUGGGAUUAGCUUUGUAUGGAUUAUAAAUUCUAAAAACUCUAUAAAUCCCUUUCAGGAUAGGCCCAUUUGUUGUGAGCAAUCCUUUUUGGAAAUGUUCUUCCUUUCCCUCCCUCCCUCCCACUUUUUACUUUUUCAGUUUCUUGGAUUUGGUCUGGCAUUUCCUGCAAAAGGAAUGGCAAUUAAGGAGACAUUCAUUCUUUUGCUCAUUUGGCUCUUUUCCUUUGUUUAGAACAUCCAUCUGUCCAUGGUCAUUUUUUUUAGAAGCCUGCUUGAAUUAGCCUUAAUAUUAGCUCAGCUCUUAAAAGGUUGCUGAGCUAUGUGAAAAUCCAGGAAAUGCCGGUCACUGAAAUAGCAUCCAGCCUAAUUUGCACAUACUAUCUGCUUCCUUUCAUUUUUAUUUUUAUUUAAUUUUAGAAUUCAUGCUGAGCUAUGUGAAAAUCCAGGAAAUGCCGGUCACUGAAAUAGCAUCCAGCCUAAUUUGCACAUACUAUCUGCUUCCUUUCAUUUUUAUUUAAUUUUAGAAUUCAUUUUGCCAGCAGCAAGUAAAAUUGUACAGCAGGCUAGACUGCUGGACUGAGUUUAAAAUAAGAAAUAAUUAACAUUAUUCUCCUCUCCCAUUUACCUGGAGUCAUACUCACUAGCACCAUCACAGAAGCAAAAUAAAUUUGAAAAGAGCUGAAUAGACUUUUCCCUCUGCAUACUUGUUCACAAAUUGUUACUUAGAAUUAUAGUGAUGCACUAAUAUGGAAGUUUAGUUGCAAGCACCUAAAAAAGCAAUUACAAAACUCAAACAGAAGUAAGAGGACAUCCAAAGUAAUAUUCAUUCCCUCAUUCCAGAAAUCAAAUGAAUAUCAGGUUGAUUUUCCAAUAAAAGAUUUAAGAAUAGCCAAGAAAAUUCCAUUCUGGAUGUAUUUAUGAAAAAAGUUGACCUGUUUCAGUAAAACAGAAUCAUUCAUAGAGGUGAAUUGAUGUUAGAGAAGGUUUGUCAGUUGAAACAAGAGAUUAAAUUGCUAAUUUUUCGCCACACUGAAAUUGGUGCCACUUAAUUGGCAGGCCCAAAUGUUUAACUUGAUUUGUUUUCCUCAAAUGAUUGGAUAUGUUUGUUUUUACAACAGUUAAAUUUGUCCAUUGGUUUUAUAAAUAUCCACAUAAUGAAUACGCUGGGUUUGGGGCAUACGUGAAGAAUACUAUUAUUCUUCAUACUGCAUAUCCAGCUUUAAAAAGUUUCAAGUCCAUUCUAGUUAGUAAAUAAAUAAGCACUAACGAAUCAUCAGAA